UUAAUUUGUUGUUGGAAUUUGAGCGGGUUGGUCGACGCGUCGGCUUGUCACGGAUAAAAUGUUGACGCUUGUAAAUUAUUGCAAAGAUAAAACACACGCCUUGAGCGUUCGCUCCUUCAACUAGUUUCAUAUACACUAAGAAACUUCGCUGUAUACAACACUGAAACAAAAAAAGAGCAACUAGUCUCGGUGAUCGUUUUGCGUUUGCGUCUGCGUUUGUGUCUCUCGAAAAGGGCAGGCAGGAAAAUUCAAGCCAAUAAAAGAUACAUACUAAAAGCCGAUGUGCGCGAAAAUUGUGUCUGCUUGUUUUUGCGUGUGCAUAUAAGUGUGUGCGUGUAUUGUAUUUUGUUUGCAAGAAGCUACUAAGCCAGUGAUACUAUGUUAUUGCCUUCAAAUUGUGCCACCAUCUGCUGUUAUUCAAACAAUUAAUUGCGGCUACGCUCUGCGUUUGCAUCGGAAUGUGGCAACAUCAGCGACGCGCAUGCGUUUUCAAAUACAUAUCUUCGCAAUUGUCACGAUCGCGGAACUGUGCAGCUUAACGCACUCAGUGCGUCAAGUCAACUACUGUAGCUUGCUGCUUCUUCUUGCCUGUGCAAGUAUCUUCCCCCAAAAGUGUUUAAAUAGCAUAGAAAGAGAAGCGUAACGCAACUGUCAAGCAAGCCUCUUGAGGCACACAUACUUGUGCAUAGGUAUUACAUACAUACAUCUAUAUGUAGUGACUACGCAACAUGGCGCCGAGGGCAUAGACAUUUGAAACACAUAAACAAUAACAACAACAACAACAAUAAUAAGUGAACGAACAAGGAACCAACAUUAAAAUGUCAGGCAAUCAACAGCAGCAGCAGCAGCAACAACAACAGCAACAACAACAACAGCAGCAGCACCUACAACUACAACAGAAACAACAGCAGCAAAAGGCAUUAACAGCAGAAGCAGCAGCAACAGCAACAACAACAACAGCAACGUCAAACAAUUUAGGCAAUAAUUUGAUAAAAAUUAAUAGCGCUGACAAAAUUGUGCACAAAACGACAGCAGCAACAGCAACAACAACAACAAUUAGUAAGCAGCAACAACUACAGCAGCAAUUACAGCAAAGGCGCUCAUUGUUGCCAGCAGCAGCAGCAGCAGCAGCAGCAGCGCACCAAAGCGUAACAGCAGCAGCGGGAGCAGGCCAGUCGCAUCAGCUGCAAACUGUGGCCACAAUACAUCAGCAACACUCAACGCUGCAGCAGCAGCAACACACAGCAUCGCGUCUGCCUAUACAACAGCAGCAACAGCAACAGCAGCAACAACAGCAGCAGCAACAACAACUGCUUAGUAAUUCUAAGGAAUUACCAGCGACGCGUCGUAGCUUUUUUCAAGUACAGCAACAGCAACAACAGCAGCAGCAGCAACAACAACAGCAGCAGCAGCAGGCAACUCUUAAAGCAGCUCAUUUAAGAGCACCCGCACACUCGAUACCCCCACGUUAUCAACCACCGCCUCAGCCAAGCUCCGGCGGCGGCAUACUGAAACCGCAUUUGCCGCUGAAAUAUCCGCCGGACAUACCACAGUUAACCAGUAUCUAUAUACCAGAUUCUGUUAAGCAACAGCAACAACAGCAGCGCCAGCAGCAGCAACAGGCGCGUCUGCACCAGCAGCAGCAGCAGCAGCACCAACAGCCCAGCAAGGCGCAACAGGACAUGCUGAAGUUUGUGCGCAAGCAGGACCAGGAACAUCCGUCGCCCAGUGCCUCGGUCACGUCCAGCGUGACCACAGGCAUUCCAACGGCCAACGGCGGACGCUUGACAAUCGAACAGAAUCGUCAGCUGCAGUCCCUGGUUAAUGAGCUCCGCGCGUUGAAAGAGCAAAAUCAACGACUGCUGGAUGACAAUCAGGAAUUGCGCGACUUGUGUUGCUUUCUGGACGAUGAUCGUCAAAAGGGUCGCAAGCUGGCACGGGAAUGGCAGCGCUUUGGACGAUAUACGGCCAGUGUAAUGCGUCAAGAGGUGGCUGCCUAUCAGAACAAGCUGCGACAGCUGGAUGACAAGCAGCAGGAGCUAAUCACCGACAAUCUGGAGCUAAAGGAGCUCUGCUUGUAUCUGGAUGAGGAGCGUGCGCAUGUUGCUGCCAAUGCGCUCUGCGCUAGCUGCGGCGCGGCCACGCGUAACGCACUGCGCGACGAUGGAGACGGAUCGAGUUCAAGCACCAACGCGGACGAGACAAUCACGGCGCUGCGCAACUAUGCGGAACAAAGGCAAUUGCCGGAUUUGCGCAACGCCCACACGCUCAACGAUCAGACUUUGCAAUAUGUACGCUCGCUGGAGCGACGCAUACAGCAGCUGGAGGAGGAACGCACAACGCCAACGGCUAAUUUGCAACAGCCGCAACAAGCAACACCGACACCAGCAUCAGCAGCAGCCGCAGCACCAGCCAAACUAGCGCCCUCGCCACACAGCACGCACACGCAACAGGACAUCAGUCAAGCUGUGGCUGCAGCUGCAGCGGCUGCUGCCGCCUUGCCCGAGCCCAUUUCGGGCCGGCCGGAGGCUGUGGUCCGGGCCCUGCAGGUCUUGGAAGUGAGAGAGCAGCUGGAACGUGAUCGUUUGGGCAAUCUAGCGGGCUGUGCCCUCGAUCAGAUGGACGAUGGCGAAAAGGCGCUAGUGCGCGAAAUGUGCAACGUUGUCUGGCGCAAGCUGGAAGGCAGUCCACACGGUCCCACCGCCCUAGAGCCACUAUAGGCAUUCGAAAAUAUCAGACGAUACAUUCAACAAAACUUGGCUAACACACUUACUAAAAACACAUUGUACAAAGUUCAAACUAUGACUUAGGUUUAAGCGCUUUAUUUAAAACAAAAACAAAAACAAAAUGAAAA